AUGUGGUGCCUUGUCGCGGGCUAUGAUGCAUUUGCUCGAGCAGCACACUUCGUUAGAAAGAUUAAGCAGGGUCGCCAAGGAAUAUCCGCCCUCCCCCAACGCGCCUCCGACUUCCCUGCAUACGAAUCCACCCACCGCCCCCGAGUACCCACCUCCUCCCCUCGCAAUCCCCCACCCAUACCCGAACCAACGGUACGCUUCCAAGAAGAUUUGGAGCCAGAUAGGUCCCCACCAAGGUACCGCAAUCCAGGCCCCUACUUCCCGGAUAGAGAGCCAGAUGCACAAUCUUCCCUUCCCCGCCGCAGCUCAUACCCGCGGUUUCCACGUGCUCCCCCGCCGGCACCGAAUCCGCCCCCGUUGGGACCACACAGAGCGAACCCGCUACGGGGCGGGGGGGAAGAUAGGGGCUAUGACUACGACUCUGAUGUCCCUAUUCCUGCGCCGCCGCCGGCCCCUGCACCUCCGUCCGCAGCUCCGCCGCCACAGCCGGUUCCACAGCGGUAUGCCUCUCCGGCGCCAAAAACGACAAGACAAAUAUUUGCAAUGGUCUACAGACGUUCACCAAUGGAUGCGGGAGUUGAAAUUCGACCAGCGAGUAUUAGCUCUAGCUUUGAAGGAUUGCAGGGACAGGCGCGGUCGCACUGGAAUCUACUGGAGCUGAGACUCUUUGGGAAAGUGGAUGGGUUGAAGAUGAAUCUUAGCUCGCAGAGCGAUUUGGAGGCGUAUGUGAAGUUAUGUGAGGGCAUAGUCAGGUUGAUUGUCGAGGUUGAAUAACGGGGCGUUCGAUGGAGUUUGGAAUUGAAGGGAGAGGGGAUGGUAAUGUAAUGGUUUUAAUAAUCGUCAAAAGGUGCUGGAGUGACUAUAUAGCGGUAGUGCGGGUGGUAGGAGUGAGUGUAAUUAAUGGGUUUU